AUGACAAAAUCCAUCACUCGUAAGAGACGCGUAUCUCAGGGAUCGUCGCUUUUUUGCUCGCCUCGCAAAACUCGAAAAGUCGACAGUCCAACCAGUCGGCCCUUGAACAACAGCGAGUCGGCAGCGGCAAACGAACCCCAGAGCGAUGCUGAGCCCGCCACCCCCGAUGGGUUCAUGGAAAACAGCAACGUGGACAACCCUUCCGACAGCGAUGCUCUUUCGACCUUGUUUCUGGGCAUGAGUCCCUUCAGAGGCGCAAUCCCUCCUGAAGCCUUCUACGCGUUCCAAAAGUCUCCGCAGGAGCUCACUCCGAGGCACCUGGAUUUCUUCGCAAACAACACCAUUGACAAGCACUACAUGGCCAUGGACAUCGCUCCUCUGUCAGGGAAGGACAAUUUUGCGGAGUGGGUGGUGAAAAUGGAGUCUCUGCUGAAAAUGCAUCAGGUCUGGGCCAUUGUCGGUGCACAGCUAGAGCCGCUACCGACGAACCACGAGCCGUUCCUUGUCUAUCAGCAUAUGGAGACUGUUGCUCUUACAUGCAUUCUGUCGCAUCUUGCGCCCAACGUCUAUGAUGACAUGAUUCAACAGGCAUGGCAGCGAAAUCCGGUGUCGUUGUGGUAUUCAGUUGGGGUCCAGUAUGGUUACUAG